UUUUCUCUACCCCCAAACAAGAACACAACAGAACCUGAAACCCAGAAAAUGGGUCUGAAAAUUGGAGGACACAUAGAGAAGGUGAAUGGAAAAGAGCUGAGUUACAGUCAAUUCGUAGAGCGAUACCUCGUGAAGAACCAACCAGUUGUUCUCACUGGACUCAUGGAUGGUUGGAGGGCAUGUAAGGAUUGGGUCCUCGACGAUGGACAGCCUAAUCUCAGUUUCUUCUCUACCCAUUUUAGUAAUUCCACAGUUCAGGUUGCAGACUGUGGUACUAGAGAGUUUACAGAUCAGAAGAGAGUAGAAAUGUCAGUUUCUGAGUUCAUCGACUAUUGGCUUGAGUUUUCUUCUAAGGAGUUCGAUAAUGCAUCAACCCAUGAGUUUGAUGCCAAGUCCCCAUUAUAUUUGAAGGACUGGCAUUUUGUAAAGGUGUGUAUCAGAAUCCAAGUUAUCUUUCAUUUUUGUUGUUGUUUUGGAACUGCUUUUCAUUUUCUUUGUUUUAAAUACCUGUAUUACAGCCAACAUGCUAUUUGAUAUUGUUACAACUUU